AUGCCUUUGAAGUUGACUAAUAGUACGUUCCACCGCCUCCCCUCUCACUUCCCCUCAUCCUUUCUCGUGUGGCUCUCACCUUCCCUCAUCCUUUCUCGUGUGGCUCUCACCUUCCCUCAUCCUUUCUCGUGUGGCUCUCACCUUCCCUCAUCCUUUCUCGUGUGGCUCUCACCUUCCCUCAUCCUUUCUCGUGUGGCUCUCACCUUCCCUCAUCCUUUCUCGUGUGGCACACAGGCUAAUACCACAAACGAGAAGGCUCCAGGCUGGGCUGGCUUGGAUGCAGCCAUCCACAAGGCAGCAGGCCCCGCCCUCAAGAAGCUCUGGUUUGAGCUGCCAGUGCUGAGGAAUGGCAUUCGCUGCGAGACGGGAGAUGCUGUGACCACAGGUGCCGCCAACCUGCCAGUGCGCAUUGUGAUCCAUGCGGUGGGGCCAGUGUACCAGACACCACUUGCAUCUAGAACACCUUUCUGUUCAGAGGCUCAUACUCGCGCCUCCUCUACCCGCCCCAUACCCCCCUCCUGCAGUGCCGCCAACCUGCCAGUGCGCUGGGUGGUCCAUGCGGUGGGGCCUACGUAUCAUUCAGAACUUGUGUCAGCGCCCUUCCUGAAGGGCACCUACAGCAACCCCUCCCUUUCCCCCCUUCACCUUCCUCCUCCCCUUCCUCCUCCCCUUCCCCCUCCUCUUCCCCCCUUCACCUUCCUCCUCCCCUUCCCCCUCCCUACCUCCCCCCCCUCCUCCUCGUUCCUCCUUCUGGAACUACCCCCCUACAAAGGCCGCCCAGGCAGCAAUCGAGGUCUUGUGCAACGAACCAUGGGGAACUGUGCAAGAGGUACCUUUUUCUCCUUCUCCUCUUCCUCUUCUGUGCAAGAGGUAUGUCUUUCUCCUUCUCCUCUUACUUUUGAGAAUUCUCAAAAGCCACUCCUUCUCCUCUUCCUUUUGAGAAUUCUCAAAAGUCACUCCUUCUCCUCUUCCUCUUCUGUGCAAGGGGCACCUUCGAAUCCCAACCUCUCUGCUACCCCUCCCCCUCCAAAGCUUCAUUCCGUCGUUUUAGGUUCAAGUAUUUCCAGAAGUGACAAACCAUGGGGGUCUGUGCGAGAGGAAACUCCUUUUCCGUCCCCCCUCCUAGCUUCUCCCAUCGCCCUCCUCCCUUCUCCUAUCUUAUCUACUCCCCCCUUGCUCUCUUUGCCUUCUCCCCGGUCAUUGUCAUGCUUCUCCUCCGCCUCCACAGGAGACUUUUGA